AUGAUUUUUACAUUAUACAAUGUCCCAUUUAUCGCUCUAGGUCUCCUAGCUACCUAUUAUCUGGUCCCAUAUCUUCAAUCCGCCCAUAAGCGAGCUAUCCCUAGCCCAAGUCUCGCCGCCUUCACCAACCUAUGGCUUCUUCUACAAGCCCGACAAGGCAAGCGAUUUUUGUCUGUCGACGAGGCACAUAACAAAUACGGCAAAGUCGUUCGCAUUGCCCCUAACCAUGUUUCAAUCGCCGACGACAAUGCUAUUAACGUCAUAUACGGUCACGGGAACGGUUUCCUAAAAGCUGAUUUUUACGAUGCCUUCGUAUCCAUCCGUCGAGGUUUAUUCAAUACUCGAAACCGCGCCGAACACUCUCGUAAACGCAAGAUUGUUUCCCACACAUUCAGCGCCAAGUCUAUCGGGCAAUUCGAGCAAUACAUUCACGCCAAUUUGGAAAUAUUUGUUGAACAAUGGAGCAAGUUGUCCAAGCUUGAGGCUAACCCCAAGACCGGCUAUGCUAGCAUUGAUGCUUUGAACUGGUUCAAUUAUCUUGCCUUUGAUAUUAUUGGUGACUUAGCAUUCGGCGCUCCCUUUGGGAUGCUCAAAAAUGGCAAAGAUAUCGCCGAGAUGCGUAAAUCGCCUGAUGAACCUCCCAAGUAUGUAGCCGCUGUCGAAGUUCUUAACCGCCGGGGUGAGGUAUCUGCAACAUUGGGCUGCUUGCCAGCUCUGAAGCCCUGGGCUAAAUACAUCCCCGAUCGCUUUUUUACUGAGGGCCUGGCUGCAGUUGAGAACCUAGCUGGUAUUGCUAUUGCUCGUGUCAAUGAGCGCGUCAAGCCAGAGGUCGUGGCUCAAAACACCCGUGUUGAUCUACUAGCCCAUCUUAUGGAAGGCAGAGACGAAACUGGCGAGAAGCUGGGAUUGGAAGAAUUGACAGCGGAAGCUUUGACACAGCUGAUUGCCGGCUCAGACACGACCUCAAACACAUCUUGCGCAAUUCUUUACUGGUGUAUUCGCACUCCUGGUGUCGUUGAGAAACUCCGCAAGGUUCUCGACGAUGCAAUUCCCAAGGAUGUCGAAGUUCCUUCAUUCGCCAUGGUCAAAGAUAUCGCCUAUCUUCAAUGGGUGAUUUCGGAAACAAUGCGAAUUCACAGCACUUCCGCCAUGGGCCUUGCGCGACAAAUCCCUGAAGGAUCUCCUCCUGUCGAAAUUUCAGGACAUACUUUCUACCCUGGCGAUAUUCUUUCCGUGCCCAGCUACACUGUCCACCGCUCGAAGGAGAUUUGGGGCUCAGAUGCAGAGGAGUUUGUCCCUGAGCGAUGGGAGAACUUGUCCGUUCGUCAGAAAGCAGCAUUCAUUCCUUUCAGCCACGGUCCCCGUGCCUGCGUUGGUCGCAAUGUCGCAGAGAUGGAGCUCCUCGUUAUUGUUGCUACUGUCUUUGGCCUCUUUGAAUUCCAGAUUGAACAGGAAGAAGAAAUGCAGACACGCGAGGGCUUCUUACGCAAACCGCUCGGUUUGCAGGUUGGACUGCGUCGCCGCGUCCGAGUGUAA